CUCUCAUUUGUUCUACUUAUUACCAUAGCAUUCUUAAUUGCAUUCAGUUAGUUAAAUGUGAGAGUGAUGAGGAGCUGAGAACAUUGCUUUGCUCAGAUGACAUGAUGAACAUUCUGCAAUCAAUCGGUUACAGGGGUGUUCCCUCCAAGGAGAAAUUGGCCUCACGAGACAACAUUAUUCGGUCGAUUGUAAUUGCAGGAAUUGGCCAUAUGCUGGCAAUGAUGGACCAAUUAAAAACUGGACUUACACUUUUUGGGGUUCUGCAGCAAAUUCAACAUCACCGGGAGAUAAUGGCAUCAAUGCUUACACUGGAUGGUGUUGCUAAUUUUUGCUUGACUGCAGACAUUGUUCUUGAAAAUAUGACUGUAGAAUUUAGCCCGGAAGGAAGCAACAAAAAGCAAUUGGAAAUAAAUGUCCACAAAUUUUUUUGUGACUAUAUUCAAGAAUUGGACACAAAAGUUGAAUGAGAGAUAAAUGCAAUUGUACCUACUUUAAUGGCUUUUGACUAUCUUAAACACAUUUCCUUUAUAGACACUAGCACAUCAUUAAAAACGCUGUACAGAUUCA